AUGUGGUGGUGGGAGCGAGUGUUGUGGGGAGUGUGGCUCCUGGUGAACCUGCUACUCUCCCGUAGCUACAGCGGUAACCUCAUGUCCUACCUGGCAGUCAGGUACAUACCCAAGCCUUACCCAACUGUCCAAGAGUUUCUGGACGACCCGUCAGCCAUCCUGGUAUGGCAGCAGCACUCCUCCACUGAGCAGUACAUACGGUCGCGGGGUUAUGGUUUAACCCGGGAGCUGGCAGCCCUGGAGGAGAAGGGGCGGGUAAUGCGCGUCUCUGUCAACCAGUUUUCCAGCAAGAAUGAAGCAACGCUAGUCAGGCGAGCAGGCCGCGUGAUCCUCUUCUUUGAGAUUAUCUUAUACACUCUCCUCGGUCAAGAGUUCUCUAAAUCAGGACGGUGCGAGUUUUACAUCUUAAAGGAAAGGUUCAACCCCAGUAUGGGUGGCAUGAUGGUUCCUAAAGACAGCCCUCUUCUAAGUGCUUUUAAUGACAAGGUCCUGAAGCUGACAGAAUCUGGAGUGUACGAUUACUUGGAAUAUUCUGUAAUUCCUAACUUUACAGCUUGCCUCAGUCCUCCCACAAAGAUAACCAUCAGCACAUCCUUGUCAAUAACCAACUUAUGGGGAAUUUUCGUGGUUCUUUAUGGAGGAUUGCUUGUUAGUCUGAUUGCACUUUUUCUUGAGAUACUCAUCAAUACAAUUCCUCAGCUGCUGAGUACAUCAGUGAAUGGCAGGACUGUGGCUUAA